AUGUCUCAUAUCCGUUUCAAACUCCAGCUUUCGCAUUUUCUGGUUGGAUUGCUCACUGGAUGUAUUGCUACAUUCUUGUUAACGCCAUAUCUUACGCUUAACAAUUCCAUUCCGAAUGUCGACAGCAGUAAACAAUUUGUGUUCAUCCCGCCUGAUCAGCCGACUGUUGAACAACCUGCGCAAAAAGCUGUGGAAGAAGAGCUGGAUGAAGAUGAGUUCAUGCCGUUGGCUGACCAUGAUCAUGAGGGUGUGUACUUGACAUUGAUCGGCUUUCUGCGGUUUGACUGGCUAUGA